AUGUCUCAAACAUUAAUUCGUAGUCAACGUAAUAUGAAAUGGGAAGGAAAACCAUUACUUACAUAUGAUUGUUCAAUUUGUUUAACGAUUAAUACAAGUCAACUUCUUGAAUUACCUUGUCAUCAUAACAUAUGUUUAUCAUGUCUUCACAUGAUAUGUGCUCAUUCAUCUUUGGCUUGUCCAUUUUGUCGAUGUCGUCUUUCAACAUGGCUUCGUUAUAAUCCUGAUUAUUCGAAAUUAAUUAUUCAACGAGAACCAGAAUCGAAAAUUAUAAAGAAAACACGUGGUAGACCAAGAUCAAAAUUUCCAAAAAAUUCUAUCAAGAAAAAACAACCAAAACGUCAUUAUGAAUCAUCAAAACCUAAACCAACAAUCGAUGAACAAGGUGCUAUAUCUAACGAUUGGUUAUUGGCUCAAAAGAUUCAUUAUGAACAACUUGAAGAAUUUCGAUAUACUCAUGGUCGAGUAACUCGAUCAAUGGCAAAAAAGAUGGACAUUUCAUGA